AUGACAAGCAGCCGCCAAAUAUCAGUACAAACGGGUGUACCUCGAACAACGGUAUUGAGAAUUUUAAAGGCAAGGCGGUAUCACGCUUAUCAUAUUACACUUACGCAAGCGUUAACACCGAAUGAUUUGAGAGUGCGGCUUCGUUUUUGUCGAUGGGCCUUACGAAUGAUUGAGCAAGAUCCUCAUUUUUUCAGAUAUGUUCUUUUUUCUGAUGAAGCAACAUUAAAAAACAACGGAGAAUUGAACAAACAUAAUUGCCAUUACUGGUCUGACGUCAAUCCUCACUGGUACAGACCUAUGGACAAUCAACAUCGUUGGAGCCUUAUGGUUUGGUGUGGAAUCGUAAAUGGUCAUUUGGUCGGUCCCUACUUUUUUGAAGAAAAUGUAACAGGCCAAAGUUACUUACGCUUGAUCAGAGAUAAUUUACCUGGUUUAUUAGAAGAUGUUGACUUUCAAACUAGGCAGAGAAUGUGGUUCCAACUUGAUGGUGCAGCACCGCAUUACGCAAGAGAUGUGCGGUUGUUUCUAGACGCACAAUACCCUGGUAGAUGGAUUGGACGUCGUGCUCCUAUUGCAUGGCCUGCCCGUUCACCCGAUCUAACAUCGCCAGACUUUUUUUUAUGGGGAUAUCUUAAAAAUAUCGUGUACGAACAACAGCCAAGGACUAGAGAAGAUAUGAUGCAACGCAUUCGGAGAGCUUGUGCAGCUAUAUCGAGAGAUGUUCUAUUAAAAACGGUACAACAGUUCGAAAAGCGGAUCAACUUGUGUUUGCAAGCAAAUGGUGAUAAUUUUGAACAGUUGCUCCGCGGUUAA